CCCUCCAUGGAGUUUGGGCUGCUUGGUGAAGCAGAGGCUCGAAGCCCUGCGCUGUCUUUGUCGGACGCAGGCACUCCACACCCUCCGCUUCCAGAACAUGGCUGCAAGGGGCAGGAGCACAGUGACUCGGAGAAGGCCUCGGCCUCACUGCCCGGGGGCUCCCCGGAGGACGGCUCUCUGAAGAAGAAGCAGCGGCGGCAGCGCACGCACUUCACCAGCCAGCAGCUGCAGGAGCUGGAGGCCACCUUCCAGAGGAAUCGCUACCCUGACAUGAGCACGCGCGAAGAGAUCGCGGUGUGGACCAACCUCACUGAGGCCCGCGUGCGGGUGUGGUUCAAGAACCGGCGUGCCAAGUGGCGGAAGCGGGAGCGCAGCCAGCAGGCGGAGCUGUGCAAGGGUGGCUUCGCAGCCCCGCUCGGGGGCUUGGUGCCACCCUACGAGGAGGUGUACCCGGGCUACUCGUACGGCAACUGGCCGCCCAAGGCGCUCGCCCCGCCACUCGCCGCCAAGACCUUCCCGUUCGCCUUCAACUCGGUCAACGUGGGGCCUCUGGCUUCACAGCCUGUCUUCUCACCGCCCAGCUCCAUCGCCGCCUCCAUGGUGCCCUCGGCCGCCGCUGCCCCGGGCACCGUACCAGGUCCCGGAGCCUUGCAGGGCCUGGGCGGGGCACCCCCCGGGCUGGCUCCAGCCGCCGUGUCCUCCGGGGCAGUGUCCUGCCCUUACGCCUCGGCCGCCGCAGCCGCCGCUGCAGCCGCCUCCUCCCCCUAUGUAUACCGGGACCCGUGUAACUCGAGCCUGGCUAGCCUGCGGCUCAAAGCCAAGCAGCACGCCUCCUUCAGCUACCCCGCCGUGCCCGGGCCGCCGCCGGCCGCUAACCUUAGCCCCUGCCAGUACGCCGUGGAACGGCCGGUGUGAACCGCAGGUCUGUGGAUCCAUCCCCGAGGGCGGGGCAGUAAUUCACAGCCUCUCCGGACAGGGGUCGCCUAGACUGGCUUGCCCUCGUCCCAGGGUCUGAAAGGGGUGCCAGAGCACCCGGGAAGAGGCGGCGGGCUCCGAAGAGGGCCUUUUCCCCUCACAGCCCCCGAGGGGUGGUCUGACCCCUAUGCGGAGACCGCUCCCCUGGGACUAAGGCCAGGAACAGGGACCAGCUCCCCCAGGGCCAAUUCACCCUUGGCUCACCCCGCCUUCUCCAGACUCCCCCUAUCCCGUUUUCAAAGAUCAAUGAAAUAAACGUGCGCGGACUGU